CCUGGACAUGGAUCACUUGUUGCUGCUGCUGCUGCUGUGGAGCUCAGGAAUCAGUGAGAGAAAUCAGAGUUCAGCAGAGCCUGAUGAAGUCAGGUUGGUGGGAAAAGCCAGUCACUGUGGAGGUACACUGGAGAUGAAGCACGUGAGAGAAUGGAGACCAGUAGACUUCUAUAACUGGACCCUGAAGAAAGCAGCUGUGGUCUGUGAACAUCUGGACUGUGGCUCUGCUGUUUCUGUACAAGAGAGAAAGUCCCCACGGAGACUCGUAUGGUCGAUCAGACCUGACUGCUUUCAGUCCGGAUCUAAGUUGGGGGACUGUUUACGACUGUUACCCUCUACCACCAUCCUCAAUCUCACCUGUUUAGACUCUGUCAGGCUGCUGAACGGUUCCAGUCUGUGUUCAGGCGGACUGCAGGUGAAGUCUAGCCAGAGAUGGUCCUCAGUGUGUGAAGAUGACUUUGACCUGCAGGAUGCAGAGGUGGUCUGCAGGGAGCUUGGCUGUGGGCCUCCUUCGCUCCUCCAGGGGGCGCUCUAUGGAGAAGCGGAGGCUCCAGUGUGGAGCAGAGAGUUCCAGUGUGGAGGCCAUGAGUCUGCUCUCCUGGACUGUAGAAGCUCAGGCUCAGCUAGAAGCAGCUGCUCACCUGGCAAAGCUGCUGGACUCACCUGCUCAGAGCCUGUCAGGUUGGUGGGAGGAGCCAGUCGCUGUGCAGGUACACUGGAGGUGAAACACCUGGGAGAAUGGAGACCAGUGGAUGACAAUGGUUGGACCAUGAAACCAGCAGCUGUUGUCUGUGAACAUCUGGACUGUGGCUCUGCUGUUUCUGUUGGGAAAAAAAAGUCCACAUACAGAUUUGUGUUGAAGAUCAAUCCUGAUUGUUUCAAGCUGAGAUCUUCCCUAAGGGAAUGUGUAGAACCAUCUUACUCUUCCUCUUUGCUCAGUGUCACCUGUUCAGACCUGCUGGCUCAGCCAAGCAUUAUUGUCCCCGCCUCCAUCGACGGGGUCUCCGAGGCACAGCAGCAGGAGCUUCGGGUGUCCAGGGGCUCUAGCUUGACCAUCAGCUGCUCCAUCCAGCCACAGUUCCCAGGAGGCUCCUUCCAGCUCACCUUCACUUCCUCCAACACAGCAUACAACUACACCCAGCCAGCUGUCAAUCACUCUGCCCACUUCCUGUUUCCUGUCACAGAGCCCGCCCACCAAGGAAACUACAGCUGCUUUUAUCGUGUUUAUGUUUUUUCUCACAACUUCUCCUCUGAGAGCUGCCAGCUGUCUGUGACUGUCUCAGGUCAUCCAGAUCCCACAGGCUUCAUCAUCAGAGCCCUCGUCCUGCCACUGAUCCUGCUGUUGGAGAACGUUGUCCUGUAUUUCUACUGUAAGGCCAGCAGGGGGCAGAGGCUGGGCAGACCGGAGAACAACAAGCUGGUUAACUUUGGUGUUGGUGCAGCUGAAGAAGGGCCGGCUAAAGAGGAAGGAGCUCAUCUCAUAUCCAGAUGAAGUUCUCAGCUCAUCCAUCACCUCAGUCACAGAUUUUACUUUCUUUCUACCAAAGAUUCUGUUAAUCAGUCAGGCUGGAAUGAUUCUGUUGUUUUCUUACUGCCAGCAUGAAAAGUCCAAAACCAUCAAAGUGUUUCAGGUUUUUAAUCACAUUUUUACACAGAAACUGGCCCCUAAUGUACCUGCUGUUCAACACUGACUGCAGGGAAGUGUAACCAGAGAUGGUCCUCAGUGCGUGAAGCUUGACCUGCAGGAUGCAGAGGUGGUCUGUAGGGAGCUUGGCUGUGGGCCUCCUUCGCUCCUCCAGGGGGCGCUCUAUGGAGAAGCGGAGGCUCCAGUGUGGAGCAGAGUCUGCUCUCCUGGCAGAACUUUAUAUAAAUAAAGGAUAUUUGUUCUGCCUUUUAUAUGUUACGCUGGAUAAUACAGUUUAGUAAUCUGCCCUAGAGCCCCCUCUAGUGGCUGAUUUGUAAUAUUAUUUUGAUUACUUUGGAAAAAGAAAAAUAGAGGAAGUGGAAAAUCCAAGAUGGCUGAACGUAAUGCUGAAGCAUUAUCGUUCCAAGCUGAAAAUGUUGCUUCGGACGAGAUUUGUCCGUAAGUAUGAGUGAUGAUUAAAUAAUAAUUGUAUCUUGUUGUGUUUAAAACUUUGUUUAAUUGAGUAUGAACGUUUUAUCUUGUUAGCUUGCAGUAAGCUUGUAACAAGCUAGUUUGCAAUGUUAGUUAGCUAAUACAAUAUUUUGUAUGUUUUCAGUUUUACAAUGGUCAAAGAGAAGGUCAGAGGCCAUCAUUCAAUAAAUCAGCACAAAAAAGGAAAAUGAGUCUGAUUACUGGAGCAUUGUUAGCUCGCUGGUGAAAACCAGGAACCUGAGGGUGAGGACAGCACACCAUUAACUUUCAAUAGUGCCUUUUCUCAUUGAUUUUCUAGUUGAUUGAUUUGAUCCUCGUCAGCAGCCGUGUUACAGAGAAGGUAAAAGAAACAAGCUUACAUUCAAACACUCACAUGCUGGGUGGAGCCA